CCCGCCUGGCAACCCGGCCGUGCGCGGGGGCCGCUAGCCAUGGCCCGUGCGCCCCGGACGCAGCGCUGACGGCGGCUGGCGGACCGCGCCAUGCCCAGCAGGACGGACCCCAAGAUGGACCGGAGCGGCGGACGCGUCCGUCUGAAGGCGCACUAUGGCGGGGACAUCCUGAUUACCAGCGUGGAUGCCAUGACAACGUUCAAGGACCUCUGUGAGGAAGUACGAGACAUGUGUGGCCUGCACCAGCAGCACCCACUCACCCUCAAGUGGGUGGACAGUGAAGGUGACCCUUGUACUGUGUCCUCACAGAUGGAGCUGGAGGAAGCCUUCCGCCUGGCCUGUCAGGGCAGGGAUGAAGUGAUCAUCAUCCACGUUUUCCCAAGCAUUCCAGAAGAACCCGGCAUGCCUUGUCCUGGAGAAGACAAAUCCAUCUACCGCCGUGGAGCCAGAAGAUGGAGGAAGCUGUACCGCGCCAACGGCCACCUCUUCCAAGCCAAGCGUUUUAACAGGAGAGCGUACUGUGGCCAGUGCAGCGAAAGGAUAUGGGGUCUCUCGAGGCAGGGCUACAGGUGCAUCAACUGCAAGCUGCUGGUCCAUAAACGCUGCCACGUCCUCGUCCCGCUGACCUGCAGGAGGCAUAUGGAUUCUGUCAUGCCUUCCCAAGAGCCUCCAGUAGAUGACAAGAGUGACGGUGUAGACCUUCCCUCAGAGGAAACUGAUGGAAUCGCGUAUAUUUCUUCAUCUCGGAAACAUGACAACAUCAAAGAUGAUUCUGAGGACCUUAAGCCUGUCAUCGACGGGGUAGAUGGGAUCAAAAUCUCUCAGGGGCUGGGGCUGCAAGACUUCGACCUCAUCAGAGUCAUCGGGCGCGGGAGCUACGCCAAGGUCCUCCUGGUGCGGCUGAAAAAAAACGACCAGAUUUACGCCAUGAAAGUGGUGAAGAAGGAGCUCGUCCACGACGACGAGGACAUUGACUGGGUGCAGACGGAGAAGCACGUGUUUGAGCAGGCGUCCAGCAACCCCUUCCUGGUCGGCUUGCACUCCUGCUUCCAGACGACGAGCCGGUUGUUCCUGGUCAUAGAGUACGUCAACGGGGGAGACCUCAUGUUCCACAUGCAGAGACAGAGGAAACUUCCAGAGGAGCAUGCCAGGUUCUAUGCUGCCGAGAUCUGUAUCGCCCUCAACUUCCUACACGAGCGAGGGAUCAUCUACCGGGACCUAAAACUGGACAACGUCCUCCUUGAUGCUGACGGGCACAUUAAGCUGACGGACUAUGGCAUGUGCAAGGAAGGCCUAGGCCCUGGUGACACAACAAGCACUUUUUGUGGAACCCCAAACUAUAUCGCCCCUGAAAUUCUGCGCGGAGAAGAAUAUGGGUUCAGCGUGGAUUGGUGGGCGCUGGGUGUGCUCAUGUUCGAGAUGAUGGCUGGGCGUUCCCCGUUUGACAUCAUCACGGACAACCCUGACAUGAACACUGAAGACUACCUUUUCCAAGUUAUCCUGGAAAAGCCGAUCCGGAUUCCCCGCUUCCUGUCUGUCAAGGCCUCACACGUCUUGAAAGGAUUUUUAAAUAAGGAUCCCAAAGAGAGGCUUGGCUGCCGGCCGCAGACUGGGUUCUCUGACAUCAAGUCACACGCCUUCUUCCGCAGCAUAGACUGGGACCUGCUGGAAAAGAAGCAGGCCCUGCCUCCCUUUCAGCCCCAGAUCACGGACGACUAUGGCCUGGACAACUUUGAUACGCAGUUCACCAGCGAGCCCGUGCAGCUGACCCCAGAUGACGAGGACGUCAUAAAAAGGAUUGACCAGUCUGAGUUUGAAGGCUUUGAGUACAUCAACCCACUUCUGCUCUCUGCUGAGGAGUCCGUGUGAGGCCAUGAGCAUCUGUUGUGGACACACCUGUGAAUGACCCUGUCACUUUACCCUUAACUACAGCAUAUGCAUGCCAGGCUGGGCACUUAGGCU